GGUUACGUUCAACCUUCGCCUUCUGAUUUAUUUGGCACGUGUUUCUUGGUAGCGGUGUUCAUAGUUAACCUCAACUCGACUCCACGCUACAAUUGGUGACCCGUAUUUUGGAUCACGCCUCAGCUUCUGGUCAAAUCUUCCAAAGAAGCCAAUUCGGUGAGUCUAUGAUUUAUCUAUCCACGUCUGUCGUAUAUUUUCAUAUUUUUAAUAUAUAAUAUACUCGACAUGACGGAUAACGAUAAGAAUAGAAUUAAUAUAAUAGACUCACACGUAUGUGUACCGAAUCCUUGUCACUUUUUAUUCGCGUGAUGAUGAAUUCCACGCUUUAUUCGAGAAAUUUUCCCCUAUUAACUAUUCUCCUCGCUGACCCGGCUGCUUGGUACGGAAUGCAUUCGCAUACGCAUUAACGUCUACCUCCCAGCAUCAAAUGGUUAAGUUGAACGGUUUCAUUGCCAACUUAAAAGUGCUCUACGAGCACACGAGAACGACAACUGGUACGAAACCUUAUCGCUCGUCCCCUUAGGUAUUCGAACGAGCUUGAAGGCAGAUAUACAAUGUUCCGCCACUGAACUUGUAUACGGCACGACAUUGCGUCUGCCCGGAGAAUUCUUCACACCACGGAGCAGACCUAAUUUCGGUAAAUCAGACUACGUCCAUCGACUGUCUGCAUUUAUGCGAACGCUGUCUCCGGUGUCAACUCGAAUACAACAUCGACAGGUCGCUCUCUCUCGAGAGUUAUCUACCUGUUCACAUGUUUUUGUACGAGUAGAUUCGGUACGCAAACCUUGGCAACAACCUUACGAAGGCCCUUUUCACGUGAUCGCUCGUCACGAAAAGACCUUCAAGGUUGAUCGAUAUGGACGCGUCGAGAUCGUCAGCGUUGAUCGUCUCAAACCAGCACACGUCGAUGACAGUGCCCUAUCUGGUAACCUGAGAUUCAAUGCUAGACCUAGCAAACCUAGCGGGAUCCUCAAACCAUCUUCAGGUCCCACGCUAGAUACAUCUGAGACCUCAUUCUCACGUCCAGAUCAGCAGACCACGCCGCCUCUGACCUCGGAUGAGAUUACAGGCCCACGCGAUACGAACGAGACUACCGUCUCACGUUCCGGCCGCCGAGUACGGUUGCCCGUACGCUUCCGCGACUAGUCGCACAGUCAACAACCGAUACGGUGUAGUGUUAUUCCUAUGCUACAUGCAUGCUACACUCUUCUCUUUUUUGAUAUUCUUUUUGUUUCCUGAGCCCUCGCCUUCGACCACCUCCGUUUGGUACCGUCGACUUCAGUCAACUUUGGCGAAAGCUGGACUGGCCACCCAUGCUCUUGUCAACGCACUCAGUCGAUAUUUUGGUUUCGAAUGCUUGGCAUACGCUUGGUCUCGAACUUGGUCGUUACGGUCGCUUCUGGUUCAUCGGCUCAACGUGGUUUCGUCCUACGUCUGCAGCGUUUCUGGUCCGGACCCCUACGAACGCUCUCUUCAGAUUCUGGAUACAAACCACUCUGGUGUAGCAUGCCAACUCAAGCAACAAAUACAGCACAUCGCUCCUGGUACCGUUCUCCGAAAACGACCUUCGUUGGCAACUCGACGAUCAACGAUCGCUUUCCUGUUCGCCAAUUCUUCCGUCCUACAAUCGCUCGUCAGCCGAUCAGUCCCACGAUUUAAACCGCUAUUUGUCGAAAGUGUAAACCCUUUCUAGCGGGGGCUCCUGUAGUGACUCACAUUUAUCACGAGAACACGACUGGUUUAAUAAAAACAAUUAUUAUUAUAACCAACUGUACCAGUGUUUGUUUUAACGUGCUUUUGUUUGACUGUGCUAAUGACAGCUAUUUUGUGCUUCCAUUCUUGUACUUACACUUCAAUUGUAACUUCGCGCGAAUUCGGUUACCUUCUGUAACCAAGGUUGUAUCCUGGCACGAUCUCGGUAUCCUUUCGAUGCCACGAGAUCGCCAGCAAAUAAAUAUCUCGACUUGGUCCAUUAAUUGCCUUCUGGUAUUUGGCUUCUCGGAGAUUUUAUGGGUUUCUUUGGUUACGUUCAACCUUCGCCUUCUGAUUUAUUUGGCACGUGUUUCUUGGUAGCGGUGUUCAUAGUUAACCUCAACUCGACUCCACGCUACAAUUGGUGACCCGUAUUUUGGAUCACGCCUCAGCUUCUGGUCAAAUCUUCCAAAGAAGCCAAUUCGGUGAGUCUAUGAUUUAUCUAUCCACGUCUGUCGUAUAUUUUCAUAUUUUUUAAUAUAUAAUAUACUCGACAUGACGGAUAACGAUAAGAAUAGAAUUAAUAUAAUAGACUCACACGUAUGUGUACCGAAUCCUUGUCACUUUUUAUUCGCGUGAUGAUGAAUUCCACGCUUUAUUCGAGAAAUUUUCCCCUAUUAACUAUUCUCCUCGCUGACCCGGCUGCUUGGUACGGAAUGCAUUUGCAUACGCAUUAACGUCUACCUCCCAGCAUCAAAUGGUUAAGUUGAACGGUUUCAUUGCCAACUUAAAAGUGCUCUACGAGCACACGAGAACGACAACUGGUACGAAACCUUAUCGCUCGUCCCCUUAGGUAUUCGAACGAGCUUGAAGGCAGAUAUACAAUGUUCCGCCACUGAACUUGUAUACGGCACGACAUUGCGUCUGCCCGGAGAAUUCUUCACACCACGGAGCAGACCUAAUUUCGGUAAAUCAGACUACGUCCAUCGACUGUCUGCAUUUAUGCGAACGCUGUCUCCGGUGUCAACUCGAAUACAACAUCGACAGGUCGCUCUCUCUCGAGAGUUAUCUACCUGUUCACAUGUUUUUGUACGAGUAGAUUCGGUACGCAAACCUUGGCAACAACCUUACGAAGGCCCUUUUCACGUGAUCGCUCGUCACGAAAAGACCUUCAAGGUUGAUCGAUAUGGACGCGUCGAGAUCGUCAGCGUUGAUCGUCUCAAACCAGCACACGUCGAUGACAGUGCCCUAUCUGGUAACCUGAGAUUCAAUGCUAGACCUAGCAAACCUAGCGGGAUCCUCAAACCAUCUUCAGGUCCCACGCUAGAUACAUCUGAGACCUCAUUCUCACGUCCAGAUCAGCAGACCACGCCGCCUCUGACCUCGGAUGAGAUUACAGGCCCACGCGAUACGAACGAGACUACCGUCUCACGUUCCGGUCGCCGAGUACGGUUGCCCGUACGCUUCCGCGACUAGUCGCACAGUCAACAACCGAUACGGUGUAGUGUUAUUCCUAUGCUACAUGCAUGCUACACUCUUCUCUUUUUUGAUAUUCUUUUUGUUUCCUGAGCCCUCGCCUUCGACCACCUCCGUUUGGUACCGUCGACUUCAGUCAACUUUGGCGAAAGCUGGACUGGCCACCCAUGCUCUUGUCAACGCACUCAGUCGAUAUUUUGGUUUCGAAUGCUUGGCAUACGCUUGGUCUCGAACUUGGUCGUUACGGUCGCUUCUGGUUCAUCGGCUCAACGUGGUUUCGUCCUACGUCUGCAGCGUUUCUGGUCCGGACCCCUACGAACGCUCUCUUCAGAUUCUGGAUACAAACCACUCUGGUGUAGCAUGCCAACUCAAGCAACAAAUACAGCACAUCGCUCCUGGUACCGUUCUCCGAAAACGACCUUCGUUGGCAACUCGACGAUCAACGAUCGCUUUCCUGUUCGCCAAUUCUUCCGUCCUACAAUCGCUCGUCAGCCGAUCAGUCCCACGAUUUAAACCGCUAUUUGUCGAAAGUGUAAACCCUUUCUAGCGGGGGCUCCUGUAGUGACUCACAUUUAUCACGAGAACACGACUGGUUUAAUAAAAACAAUUAUUAUUAUAACCAACUGUACCAGUGUUUGUUUUAACGUGCUUUUGUUUGACUGUGCUAAUGACAGCUAUUUUGUGCUUCCAUUCUUGUACUUACACUUCAAUUGUAACUUCGCGCGAAUUCGGUUACCUUCUGUAACCAAGGUUGUAUCCUGGCACGAUCUCGGUAUCCUUUCGAUGCCACGAGAUCGCCAGCAAAUAAAUAUCUCGACUUGGUCCAUUAAUUGCCUUCUGGUAUUUGGCUUCUCGGAGAUUUUAUGGGUUUCUUUGGUUACGUUCAACCUUCGCCUUCUGAUUUAUUUGGCACGUGUUUCUUGGUAGCGGUGUUCAUAGUUAACCUCAACUCGACUCCACGCUACAAUUGGUGACCCGUAUUUUGGAUCACGCCUCAGCUUCUGGUCAAAUCUUCCAAAGAAGCCAAUUCGGUGAGUCUAUGAUUUAUCUAUCCACGUCUGUCGUAUAUUUUCAUAUUUUUUAAUAUAUAAUAUACUCGACAUGACGGAUAACGAUAAGAAUAGAAUUAAUAUAAUAGACUCACACGUAUGUGUACCGAAUCCUUGUCACUUUUUAUUCGCGUGAUGAUGAAUUCCACGCUUUAUUCGAGAAAUUUUCCCCUAUUAACUAUUCUCCUCGCUGACCCGGCUGCUUGGUACGGAAUGCAUUUGCAUACGCAUUAACGUCUACCUCCCAGCAUCAAAUGGUUAAGUUGAACGGUUUCAUUGCCAACUUAAAAGUGCUCUACGAGCACACGAGAACGACAACUGGUACGAAACCUUAUCGCUCGUCCCCUUAGGUAUUCGAACGAGCUUGAAGGCAGAUAUACAAUGUUCCGCCACUGAACUUGUAUACGGCACGACAUUGCGUCUGCCCGGAGAAUUCUUCACACCACGGAGCAGACCUAAUUUCGGUAAAUCAGACUACGUCCAUCGACUGUCUGCAUUUAUGCGAACGCUGUCUCCGGUGUCAACUCGAAUACAACAUCGACAGGUCGCUCUCUCUCGAGAGUUAUCUACCUGUUCACAUGUUUUUGUACGAGUAGAUUCGGUACGCAAACCUUGGCAACAACCUUACGAAGGCCCUUUUCACGUGAUCGCUCGUCACGAAAAGACCUUCAAGGUUGAUCGAUAUGGACGCGUCGAGAUCGUCAGCGUUGAUCGUCUCAAACCAGCACACGUCGAUGACAGUGCCCUAUCUGGUAACCUGAGAUUCAAUGCUAGACCUAGCAAACCUAGCGGGAUCCUCAAACCAUCUUCAGGUCCCACGCUAGAUACAUCUGAGACCUCAUUCUCACGUCCAGAUCAGCAGACCACGCCGCCUCUGACCUCGGAUGAGAUUACAGGCCCACGCGAUACGAACGAGACUACCGUCUCACGUUCCGGCCGCCGAGUACGGUUGCCCGUACGCUUCCGCGACUAGUCGCACAGUCAACAACCGAUACGGUGUAGUGUUAUUCCUAUGCUACAUGCAUGCUACACUCUUCUCUUUUUGAUAUUCUUUUUGUUUCCUGAGCCCUCGCCUUCGACCACCUCCGUUUGGUACCGUCGACUUCAGUCAACUUUGGCGAAAGCUGGACUGGCCACCCAUGCUCUUGUCAACGCACUCAGUCGAUAUUUUGGUUUCGAAUGCUUGGCGUACGCUUGGUCUCGAACUUGGUCGUUACGGUCGCUUCUGGUUCAUCGGCUCAACGUGGUUUCGUCCUACGUCUGCAGCGUUUCUGGUCCGGACCCCUACGAACGCUCUCUUCAGAUUCUGGAUACAAACCACUCUGGUGUAGCAUGCCAACUCAAGCAACAAAUACAGCACAUCGCUCCUGGUACCGUUCUCCGAAAACGACCUUCGUUGGCAACUCGACGAUCAACGAUCGCUUUCCUGUUCGCCAAUUCUUCCGUCCUACAAUCGCUCGUCAGCCGAUCAGUCCCACGAUUUAAACCGCUAUUUGUCGAAAGUGUAAACCCUUUCUAGCGGGGGCUCCUGUAGUGACUCACAUUUAUCACGAGAACACGACUGGUUUAAUAAAAACAAUUAUUAUUAUAACCAACUGUACCAGUGUUUGUUUUAACGUGCUUUUGUUUGACUGUGCUAAUGACAGCUAUUUUGUGCUUCCAUUCUUGUACUUACACUUCAAUUGUAACUUCGCGCGAAUUCGGUUACCUUCUGUAACCAAGGUUGUAUCCUGGCACGAUCUCGGUAUCCUUUCGAUGCCACGAGAUCGCCAGCAAAUAAAUAUCUCGACUUGGUC